AUGUCAGUGAAAAUAACCAAACGGAUCUUAUACGGGAACGAAGCAACACUUUUAAAGAAACAAAUAUUAAACAACACCCACACGUGGACACUAUUUGUUCGAGCUUUUGACGACGAAGACCUUGAACUGUACAACAUGAUCGAAGUAGUCAUAUUUCACUUGCACGAGUCCUUCUCGAGUCCUCAUCGGCGUAAAGAACAGCCACCUUUUGAGAUAACAGAGAAUGGAUGGGGCGAGUUUGAGGCACUGAUAGAAAUAGUCUUUAAACAUAAUAUGGGCUCAAUCACACUUAAACACUUCAUCAUGUUGUUUAACCAAGACAAGACAAAGAAGAACUACGUCUCACACGUCUGCUUCGACCAAGUCGUCUUCAUCAACCCACAAGAAGAGGUCUUUAAACUACUGAAUUCCCCGGCGGUCUACCCUAAUUGGAAGGCCGGAAAUGCUCUUAAAAAUGAUGACCUGUUUUUGGAGGAAAAAGACGCACUCAAAAAAGUCCAAGCUAAAUUGCAAAACGAAUUGCAAACGGUCGAAAGCGAAUAUCAUAAUCUGCUGGGGUUGGUGUGUAAGAAAAAGAAUUUAUUGACUGAGUAA